CAAGCAAGGCGAGCAGCAGCACGCCCAGCCACUCCAGCACGCCAAGCCGCUCGUCCACACACACAGCACCCGCCCCACAUGGCCCAUCCGUCCACCCGCCCUCGCAGAUCGUCCACCCCCCACACUCGAGUGUGCCGCACAAGACCCAUUUCUGGUUUCCACAUUCCUGCCAUUGCGAGUGCCCGCUGUCUCUCCCUCCAUCGCGCUCACCUCGUGCGCCGUGCUGGCCGCCGCCACGCCACUCGCCUCCAAGCCCCGAUUCCUCGCGCGCUGCUCUCCGCCGCGGAGGACACGACUCGCGGCAGCGUCUCUCCACGAAUCCCCGCAUCAUGGCGCCUCCCCGAGUCUCUCCGCUUUCUGCGCACUGCCUCUCCUUCCCCUGCGUCGCCCUCUGCGCGCUCCUCGCCGCCGCCCUAGUCCGCCCCACCCUCUCCCGCGCAGCCCUCCCCGCUGCGCUGCAUUCGCACGCGGGGCCGCGCGGGCGAUGGCUGGAGGGAGACGACGAGGGGGAGGGCAGCGGCGAUGACGAGGGGAGCUCGGGCGGGCUGCGGUCGCAGGGGAAAGUGAGCGCGGAGUGGCGCGCGGAGAGGGACGACGAUGGCCGUGGCGAGGCGGAAGGUGACGGCGACGAUGACGGCGCGUCGGUGUACCGGGCGCACGGCGGCGAGGAGGAGCACGUCGCGUGGCAGCAGAGCAGCUACGAGCAGCGUGGCGACAGCGACGACGACCACAGCGACGGUGGCGACGAGCACAGCGACGAUGACGACGACGACCACCAUGCGAGCGACCACGACGACGAGUCCCGCCCCUCCUCGUCGCCGUCGCGCCCCUCCCCCACCCCCUCCACCCCCUCCACCCCCUCCACCCCCUCCACCCCUCCACCCCCUCCGGUCCCGCCGUCGUCCCGCCGCCCCCCUCCUUCCCCUCACUGGCGUGCGCGCCUGGCGCGGGGCGGUGCGAGUUCGCGGGCACGCGGGGGUGCAGCCCCCCGCCGAUCUACUGCAACGGGUCCUGCUGCAUCGACCGGCAUCACUACCCGUGCUGCGGCGGCAAGGUUUGCUGCGAGCGGCGGCAGGGCGCGUGCUGCAGGAACCAGAGGGGCGAGCCGUACUGCUGCCUCUACCCCUCCACCUGCUGCAAGCACGGCUGCUGCGGCUUCUGACCGGCCCACUGCUCCCACGCCCAUCUUGCUCCCUUGCUCAUCUGCCACCCGCUUUAAGCCACUGUGCAUACUCUCCCCACAGCCUGCUCUCACCUCAAAAGUUCUCUACAUGAGUCCCAUAUUCAUUCUAGGGUGCUGGGUUUCGGGUAUUUAGGGCUAGGGUGUAGGUGCUCUCCUGAUUUUGCUAGUUGUG